CUUUUCCUGGUAGAUGGACUGAAGACUUUUACCACAUUCCUUAAAACUGAAUGCAGUGAGGAAAACAUUGAAUUUUGGAUAGCCUGUGAAGAUUUCAAGAAAAGUAAAGACCCUCAACAAAUUAUCGUUAAAGCUAAAGCAAUAUAUGAGAAAUUUAUACAGAAUGAUGCUCCACAAGAGGUUAACCUUGAUUUUCACACCAAAGAAGUCAUUACCAAGAGCAUCACCCAACCUACCCUACACAGUUUUGAUGCUGCGCAAAGCAGAGUGUAUCAGCUUAUGGAACAAGACAGUUACACACGUUUUCUGAAAUCUGACAUAUAUUUAGACUUGACAGAAGGAAGACCUCAGAGACCAACAAAUCUUAGAAGACGAUCACGUUCAUUCACCUGUAUGGAGUUCCAAGAUGUAAAGUCAGAUGUUGCCAUUUGGUUAUAAAGAAAAUUAAUUGUGUUCAUUUUGGUGGCAAACCUGUAAUCUGCUUUUAAAAUAUAGCAUGUUUACUUCUAACAAAUGAGUACAUGUUUUAAAAUAAAAUGCAUUGUGUCAAAGGAUUUUAAAAAUGGAAAUCAAAACUUAACAUUAUGACAACACAUACUAUAUCUGCCAAUAUAUUCUGUAAAGCCUCCAUUUGACUUAAUUCCAGUCAUAAUCAGAAAAACAUAUUACUUAAUGGAAAGAAAGUAAAGAAGUAAUAAGAAUGUGUUAUAAGACCAUAAAGUUGAGUUAAAGUUAAGCUUUUGCAAAAUUGUCUAUACUUAGACCAUAUAUCUACUUUGGAUAAUUUUUCUACAUAUAAAAAAAGUCAAUGUUCAGAUAUUGUAUAUUCAGAACACAUUUUCCAUAAUGACAAAGACUCUUUCGAUCUCAGUCAUAGAGAGUAGAAGUGAUCUGGUUCUUAUAAUAGGAGAGGACAAUCAUUGUUCUUGGGUUACUAACCCUGGUUCAAGAAUAAACAAUGUAUCACUUCUAGUUAUAAGCCAGAAACAGGAUCUUUGGGGAAGACACAUUCACCUCUUUAGAACUUCCAGGUUAAACAUGACCCACAUUGAUAACUGAAAAUGGGAUCGACAUUUGGGUUCAUCCUUAAAUGAACAGAGGCUUACCCAGUAAGCGGAGCACAUUUCUAGUAGCAGUAGAAACCUGACCAUAUUAUAUAUAGCUCCAAGGUUGGGACUAGGAGCAUCUUCUCAUCUGCUAGCAGAAAUUGCUACUAAAGUAGUGGGCAAUUAGUAGUUUGGAUGAGGCCCAGAGGAGGUUUAUCCCAGAAGUAGUUAGGUUUCUUUUUUGGACUUUUAGGACUGGGAUAAGAAUUAGAAAUGAGAGGAGGUAAGAAACAAGGAGUCCAAGACUCGGGAGACUUGUGCAUCUGCUACAUUGUAUCCUGUAAAUAAAGUACUUCCCCAUUGAUUGUUUUUCUUCCAAGUCUCAUUGAGUCAUUUAAUACUAUAUCAUUCAAAUAAGAGUAUGUAGUAAGUAUAUAUGUCUCUGCUUUAGGGAAAUAUUUUAUUUUAAAUGUGUGUUGCAUGUAAAUGUGUGUAUUUAAAGAUGCCAUACAUUUGGCUGUGGCAAAUGUUAUUUUAGUUGAAAUGUAAAGUAUAAAAACUGCAGAUCACCCAUAGUAAUAAAUAUUUUUAACUUCUUCAUUCAUACAGUUAAUUUUUGUUUGGUCACUAAGUGCUCUUGCUGAUUGUUGAUUAUCCAUUCUGUCAUCAAACUACACACAGACGUAUUUUCUUAUUUUAGAAUGAUAUUGGGAUAGAAAGAAUUAAAGUGUUUUGUCACUGAUCUUAAUGCUAAUUCAAUUCUUUAUACUGUUAUAAAUAUGAUAACAAGGUAUCAUGCAUUUCAAAAACCAAUUAAGAAAGUGAUGUUUAA